AUGGCCGCGGGCCGCUCCCCGCCCACCUUCCUGCUGCUGGGGGCGGCGGGCGGCGGCAAGAGCCUGCUGGUGCGGCGGCUGCGCCAGCUGAGCGCCGAGCAGCCCGCGGAGCUGGGCGAGCCCCCGGCCACGCUGCCCACGGUGGGCACCAACCUGACGGACCUGCGGCUGCCGCGGAGAGUCACCGUGCGGGAGCUGGGCGGCUGCAUGGGCCCCAUCUGGCCCAGUUACUACAGCGAGUGCAGCGCUCUCCUGGUGGGUGAGCAGCACCGGGGCCGCGGUCCCGGGGUGCUCCGGGGACACGGGCUCGUGGGCCGGUGCCCCGGUUUCGCCCCGGUGCGGGAUCCCCUCCGCCGUGCCCCGCUCUGGCCCGGCCCGGCCCGGGUUGCUCCCGGCACCGCCGCUCCCCGCUUUCCCUGUUCCCUGCAGUUCGUGGUGGACGCCUCCAACCCCACGCAGCUCUCCUCGUCCUGCAUCCAGCUGCUGUCGGUGCUCUCCGCCGCGCCGCUUUCCUCCGUGCCCGUCCUGGUGCUCUUCAACAAGAUUGACCUGCCCUGCUACAUGUCGCUGGUGGAGAUGAAGUCGCUGCUCCGCAUGCAGGACAUGGUGGCCUGUGCCACGCAGCCCAUCACCAUGCUGGAGACCAGCGCCCGCGACGGCACCGGGCUGGCCGAGGUGCUGCAGUGGCUCCGGAGCACCCUCCGAGAGCCCUGCUGAGCCCAGCCGGCCGCCCGGGACGCUCCUGCUGCAAGGGGAAAUGGCCGAGGAGCAGCUGCCCUGCCUGGACGGCGCCUUGGGCUGCUGAUGGACUGCAUCCCUGUGGGACUUCACAGUAAAACCUCCACCACGCUGUC